GUUGCUGACCGUCGUGGAGUUCGGAUAGCGCGGCAUGUGAAAAGGCAGGGAAGACGCGAAACUUGUGGCUCUAAGAUAGACUUGAAAAUGAAGUGACAUCGGACAUUUAGCCCGUGCCCCCAGAGGAGAUUUCCAGUAACAGCCAUGUGCUUCUCGUUGUAAACGUGUUGCAAAUCGGAGAAAAACCUGUGGAACAAAACUGCUACGUGUGGUGACUGGUGUACGGAUUAGCGUGUUGGAGUUUCAUAGGGAACAAGUGUUAUGCUGAACUAGUGACAAUGGAAUUUAUACAGAUUAAAGACAUAAGGCCAGGUAUGAAAAAUUUAAAUGUUGUGUUUAUUGUCCUCGAAGUUGGUCAUACUACCGUCACAAAGGAGAAUCGUGAAGUGCGAACAUUCAAAGUUGCGGAUGCCACUGCCUGUGUUAACGUAUCCGUGUGGGAUGAGCCUGGACAGCUGAUCGCUGCUGGAGACAUUAUUCGACUGAUAAAAGGUUAUGCCUCGGUGUGGCGUAAUUGUUUAACCCUGUACUCAGGAAAGAAUGGGGAGGUGCAGAAAAUAGGUGAGUUUUGUAUGGUGUUUAAUGAACAGCUAAAUAUGAGCGAACCAAAUCCAGCAUUGACCUCACAGCUGGUAAAUCAAAAUUCUGCAUCUCAGAAUAACAACAUGAACAAUUCGAAUAGUGCAAACAGCAGUAAUGGCGGGUUAAUAAACAGGCAUUCUGCAUCUGCUCAGGCACAACCUACACCUCAGAUGAACUCAGUGGCCCCUGCUAAAAGCACCUCAUCCAGUUCAAGGUUUUCAAACGAGCAGCCUAGCAAUAACAAAUCUCAGGGCAAGGGCAAUCAGAGAGGGAAGGGGAGCCACAGAAACGGUUCUCGAGGGGAAAGAAGAUAAUACAGACCACAGAAUUCCUGGACCUUUGCCUGACAAUAGACUGACAAACCAUUUGUAACUGUGAAAUCAUUAACAUGAAUUGUAAAUUGCCUUCAGUGUACAGGUAGAUGAUAAAUACAUCUACUACUGUAGUAAUAAUUUCGCAAAUUAAUUGUACAUUAAUCGAAAAAAAAUUCAAUAUAUUUAGCUAAACGAAACUUUUACGUUCACAACCAUUUCAUUUUGUUUCCCCUGUCCUUUUAUUUACCUACGUCACCUUCAACAUGUAAACUCGUAAUUAAAUGGAGCUCUUUAUGUUUUGUGUGUCACAUACGUAUCAUGUUCCUGACGAAUAGCUUGAAAGGCACAUUGCAAGUUACGCAGUUUUCCGCCAUGUUGAUAGCAGGAUGAAGAACCACUUGUUUGCCAUCAAAAACUUUCACUAUUAUUAAUACUUAAAACUUGAGAUACGCGAAAUAUUUUACUAGCAGUGAAAGGUUUAUAUUAUAGAGCAUUGUGCUUUUAAUCGACGUUGUA